UAAUUUCUGCGGGGCUGCUGUUUUCCUUGCUUUCUCUCCGGGUUUUGUUUCAUUUUCUUCUUGGGAUAAGACAAAAGCCCAAAUCUUGAUCAUAUGGAAUGGACAAUUGGACACUGUUCUUGUUAAUCAGCUCAAGAAAUUGAAAAAAAAAAAGAAGACAUGAUGGGAUUUUCUUAGUUUGGAUUUGUUCUGAUGCAUGUAAUGAUUGUGUUGUUUUAGAGAGUUGGCGGAUUCUUUAAGAAUGAAUGAAUGGUUUUGCUUUGUAUUGAAGCUUAUAGUGCAAUUUUCUUAUGACUUGAGCUUUCUGAUAAUCUGAUCUGAUUGAUCUGGGAUCUGAAUGCAAGGGAAAGUGUAUUGGAGCAGUGAAGUUAGUGAAGUCAAAAUCUGAUCUUGCAGCUAUCUUUUUCAAAGAGAGAUAUAUAUAUUUUAUUCUUUUUAAAGAAGAUAACAUUUUUUUUUGAAAGAGUGAUGGCAAUUCUACUGACUUGGGGUUUAAAAACCAUGCAUUUAAAUUCUGUCUAUAAUCAGAUGUAUUGUCAUUUAAUUGCAUAAGAUUUGUGUUUUUUAGUGAGUAGAACUUGGCAGGACACUUUAAAUUUAUGUAUAGACAAUGUUGAUGCCUUUAGAUUUGUUGGUUGAAUUAUUGAUGUUUUCUUGCUUUUUAUGGUGAAACAUUUGUGUUGGGAGUGUGGUGAAAAGUUAAGCAAAGAGGAUGAGAAAAUGCCCUUUGUCUUUUCAAGUUUCCCAGUUAUGGGGUCUUAUAUGAACUUCAAGAACUUUGGGGAGAUGCCACUGCCAGAGGGCAAUGGAGACAAGCCAGCCAGUCCUUUCCCAUUGACUAGACAAUCUUCGAUAUACUCUUUGACCUUUGAUGAGCUCCAGACAUAUGGGGGACUUGGGAAGGAUUUGGGGUCUAUGAACAUGGAGGAUCUCUUGAAGAAUAUUUGGACAGCUGAGGAGUCUCAAGCCAUAGCAUCUUCUGCUAGUGCAGCGGAUGCAAGUAUCCCCCCCGGUGGGAACUUGCAGAGACAAGGCUCUUUGACAUUGCCUCGGACGCUUAGCCAGAAAACGGUUGAUGAAGUGUGGAGAGAUUUCCACAAAGAGACGGGGGUCUCCAAGAACGAUGAAAACGGUGGCGGGGUGUCAAACUUUGGGCAGAGACAAUCUACGCUGGGAGAAAUGACACUGGAAGAGUUUCUGGCGAGAGCGGGGGUUGUGAGAGAGGACAUUCAAGUUCAACCCAAUGGUGUUGGAUUAUCCGGUGGUUUGAGUCAACUGAAUAGUAUAGCCUUUCAACAGCCAGCUCAAAACCCGGGGGGCGGUUUGAGCAAACAAAUUGCAGAAAAUGGUAAAAACGCUGCAAUUCCUGGUCCAUCUAACUUAAUGAUGAAUGCAGGUGGUACCCAAUCGUCCCAGCUUCAGCUACCGCUGUUUUCUAAACAAACAACUGUGGCUUUCGCCUCCCCUAUGCAAUUAGGGAACACCGCUCAGCUGGCUAGCCCGAGGGUGGGAGGGGGCCCUAUCGUUGGAAUGUCGAGUCCUCUUAACACUAGUCUUGCUCAGGGUUCUGUUAUGCAGGGCGGGGCAAUGAGGAUGGCGGGUUUAUGCAAUGGGGCAACGACAGCAAUAGGCGGAUCGCCUAGGAAUCCAUUGUCUUCAGAUAUUGUUACUAAGAGCAAUUUGGAUACAUCUUCGCUGUCCCCUUCACCUUUUGCGUUCAAUGAAGGUGGAAGGGGGAGGAAAGCAUGUGGCUCUUUAGAGAAAGUAGUGGAACGGAGGCGAAGGAGAAUGAUUAAAAAUCGAGAAUCUGCUGCAAGAUCACGAGCCCGGAAGCAGGCCUAUACUUUAGAAUUGGAAGCGGAAGUAGCAAAACUAAAGGAAGCAAACCAAGAACUGAGGAAAAAACAGACCGAACUCAUGGAGAUGCAAAAGAAUGAGAACGAGAAAGUGAAUAUGCCAUGGGGAGGCAAGUCGAGAUGCUUGAGGAGGACGGUGACCGGACCUUUGUAAAAGAAUUGGGAAGAAGCAUAAGAUCAAACAGAGUUACCUCAUAUGUAGUUAGGCAGGUUCAGUGAAUAGUUUACUAUGAUCCAAUUCAGGGCGUGAUAAAUUAGUUGUGUAUAGAGAAGUAUAAGCUGUCAUUUUGUAAAUUAAGGAAAGGGUCUUCUUAGCUUUAAGGUUCCAGUUUGAUAUUUGGUGCUUGUUGUACAAUGUGACAGUAGUGUAAUCUGAGUUCUGUAAUCUCUCAGUUUAUAUACUAAUAAUCUAUUCCUAUGUGAGA